AUGAGUCUGUGUGAGGAUACCGCGUCUUAUGCUAUUCUUUCUUAUGGGGAUGGCCAGUGUCGUUUACGUCUUACUCGUGAGUCUUCACCAAUCGAUCGUGGACAAGCGUUCGGCAGAAUUGCGUUCUCUUGUCCCAGGACGGAGGUUUGUAUAAUGUCAGACAAUCUAUUUUCCCUAGCUUCCGAAAAUCCAGGAAAAAAUGGAUGCUGAAAAGCAGACUAUUCUUACCCGGCUUGUUAGUUUAGACACCCCUGGAAAAGCCACUGUUGAUGUCGUCAUACUUGCUGACCCGGUGAGUUUCCCCAUGAACUCUUAAAAUACUGUAUACGUGGCAUGUCCUGCUCCGUUUUUACUGACUCUUUUUCACUUUUUGAUUAAACGGCAAGUUACUUAUGUCCUACACCAGCACGCCCAGCAAAGAAAAUCCAUGAUUGUCGCAUGAUAAUUAGAAUUCCAAAACCAGCCCUUUCUGUUCAUCAGGCGCGCUUACCACCAUUCGGUUGCGGCCACACACCAGCCGGCCGACUAACGAUAAAUGUCUAUACAUGCGUAAACUGCCACCGCUGGUGUAUCUAUCAUUACUGGUGAUUUGCUACCAUAGAGGGAUUUGAGGUUAAACUGGUUAGAUUCUGAACACAUUUCGUCGUAAACUGUUCCGUAGCCCGAAUUAUGUCCCUUAAUGUCCAUUUCCGCUGUGCGAGCAUUGACGGAUAACACUCUUACCAGUUUGCCAUUGUCAAACGUCUCUCCAACAUCGCUGUUUUUGUGCAUAUUUCUGGCUACAGCUAAUUACAGUCAGCCGAGAUUCUGGAAUGUGUUCUCGAUUAGGAAGGGUUGCUUGAGUAGGGUUGGAUUAUAAACUAUCAUGCGGCAUAAUCGCCUAGUAUUUCAGACACGCCAGGAUGCUGGCUUUGAACGCACAUAAUUCCGAUCGCCUAAAUAAACUCGGAAAAACCGAGUGCGCAUUUUUUCCUAUUGGUUUCCGAUGUCCUCAUUCAUCGAAAUAUACUUCAUAGAAAAAUAGAACAUAAAUAUUUUUUCUUCUACUUAUUUGAUAGAAAAUAACGAUCUCUUUAAAUUUUACACCUGGAGAAGGGAGUGCCUCUUGGUUUUAAGGUUUUUUCAAUUCUUGAAUAGUUUUGAGUCCUAUUCGACGUCGCAUUUGAGUCCAGGGUUCACAGUUUGCGUGCUGCACACGUUCGUAUGAGGAAGACCACACAUUCCUCUAUUCCACAAAUACACCACAUGGUGCUCGUAAAAUGUUAAGGUAAAUUUGGCUAUGUUCUAUUUCAAGAGGAGCAUUAAUGGACGGGCCGAUGCGAUGUUACCCGAAUGGAAAUUGCACGGUCUUAAAAAGGUUUUUAAUAAGAAACUUUUUAGAACCGGAACUUACCCAUUCUUCGAGCGAAAAAUUCGAUGAAGACGUAAUUUGCUGCCAAAUGAGUAGAAGAAAGCAUAUUUUGUGAACGUUUUCGGCAAAGUAUAUUCUAACUUAGAAGGGCACCGAAAACAGAUAAUAAUAGUUGUUUGUCGACUGCGGUGUUUAGAGACAGCCGGAAAGAAGUGCAUUCAAAAGCCAACAUCCGGGAGUGUCUGAAAUAUUGUGGGAUUAUGUCACACAAUCGGUAAUUCACCCCCACUUAAGUAAUCCUGAUCGAAGACGCAUUUUAGAAUUUCGGUUAACAUUUUAUGAACUCACCAUCCCUCCCAUCGUCAGUAUGAAGUAAAUUGGCUGAUCAGAUAGUGCGUCUAGGAUUUUUACUUUUAUUCCGUCACAGCAGCUUCGAGUGUAUGACUGCCCGCUUAUAAAUUACACUUUUUAUGUUUAGGAUGGACAUGAGAUAUGCUUUGUUGGUGACGAGGCCUUCCGUAGUCUCUCUCAGGUGGAUCCAAAAGCCGACGAACUUUUGUCUAAAGCAAUGGCUGCUGAUACUAGCGACGCAUGGUUCGAGAAACGCGGUGGCAAGCCAGGGCUCUGA